UCGCAGUUUAUAUUAGUUUACAUUAGGACAGGCACCGCAAACCAUAGGCCGCUAUAAAUUGUGUUUUCGUUAACACAUCACUCUCGCGCAUCUUUAUCGCUGGCGUCACGCGCGAAAUUAAAUCACCAUCGCGCGCGCGUCUCCUUUUUAUAUAUUACGCCGAUGCCGAGUGGGACGUUAGUUUGAAGAAAGGAAGAAGGAGAGCGAAUUAAAAAUUACGAUGCGAUCGGGCAAGUGAGAACGGGACGAGAAGGCGGCGGAAGAGGCUGGGAAAACUCCAAGGGCGCGGACAGAAGCUUUAAUAUAGAGAGUCAAUUCGAGUUGAUGGGAUAAAACACACGGCGACAUGAACAGCAAGAGUGCAUUACUGGUGCAACGUUGGAUGCUCCAACCGCGCGUGCUGCUCGCUCUCAUUUCGCUGCAAUUUAUCAUUCAGUUUUUCACGUCCGUCUAUCUGUAUAAGUACGUCACGAACGUGGAAAGCGAUCUUCGCGUGGUAAAAAGCCGCCACCCGUUCGAGACGAUCCCGCGACGAAAACGCAGCAGCGCAUUACCAAUCGCCGAGGACAACGCUGUCUCCGAUUUAUCCAGCAGGAUCCGAGAGGAUAAGGAGAUGCAGGGCACAAAGAAGGUGACUGCAUCCCCCAUCAUGGUGUCCGGUUCGUCGCCUACGGUGACCGGAGGUCAAGACUGGGUCUGGUUGAACGCCGACACGCGUAUACAGUUCGAUGCGAUUGAGAACUUCUGUCGAUCGUCCUCAAAGUACUGUCCGCCUGGGCUGCCUGGAGCACCCGGAAAUCCAGGCCCGCCGGGCGAGCCGGGAUUACCAGGUGCCCAAGGAAUGAUGGGGCCAAAAGGACCACCGGGAGCAGCCGGGCACCCAGGUGUCAGAGGACCGAAGGGCGACAUAGGUCCACCAGGUUUCGACGGAAGGGACGGUAUACCCGGUGAGCCCGGGUUAGAUGGUAUACCCGGUAGAAGCGGCCUGGACGGUGUACCCGGCAGCAAUGGCAAGCCGGGUGUCAACGGGUCGCCCGGAUUGCCUGGGAGAAAUGGGACAGAUGGAAGACCCGGUCAAAUGGGGCCUCAAGGACCACCAGGACAACGAGGAGAACAAGGUCAAUCCGGUCAUACAGGACCGCCGGGGAGAGAUGGCAAGCCAGGUAUACAAACCUGGAAGGUGAACAUGAAUGAUUACAACCUGAAUGACAUAUUAAUCCCGCCAUCCAUAGUGGAAAUUACACCGCCAUUGAACGGAAGCGACGUAUUUUCCGUGCAAGAAGGCAGCAAUAUACGGCUGAAAUGCGACUCAAGCGGGAAACCACAGCCUGUUAUACAGUGGACGAAAAUAGACGGUUCCGUUAUACCGAUGGGUGCCUGGCAUGUGAGUUCUGUCACGAGCCAAACGUUCAAUAUCAGCGUGGUGAACCGGGAUCAUAUGGGCGAAUAUGUGUGCAACGCCGAUAACGGGGUACCGCCAGCGAAGUCCAAGAGAUUCCGGCUUCAAGUCAGAUUUCCACCUUUUAUUCGCAUACGCAACCAGAUGAUUCUCGUACGAAACCAAAAUCCGGCGACGUUAGAAUGCGAAGUGGAAGCCUUUCCCGAGCCCGCCGUUCACUGGGAGCGCGGUGACGGUCGUCGUUUGAAAAUGUCGGAAAAAUACAGGAUGGAGGUUUACGAUAGACGCGAUAUAUACAAGUUGAAGAUGAGGCUGAGAAUCAUGAGGGUGACAUCGUCAGAUCACGGAACUUAUCACUGCGUGGCGAAAAACGAGAUCGACAUUACCAAGGGAUCCUUUAUAGUAGACGACGACACUAAGAACAUGGAGAGACUGAAGUUGGGGAACAAGCAACACGUUACGUACGGCGACCCCAUGCCUCCGAGCGUUGAUCAGGAGGAAUUAUGUAGUCCGCAAGAAACCUGUGCAGCGUGCCCGGUGCUAAAGUGCACGUAUACAGAUAUAUCGAAUAAUCUACACGUCCAACCGUUGCGAGGUAUUAACUUCACCGGGCUGCCGUCGCCUCUAGUCGAGGGUAUGAUAGAAGCCGUGGGAAAGCCUGUGCUGAAAGGAAGCAUGGACGACUAUUACGGAAGUUGGAUGCACGACGCGUACUUCCGCCACGACGGCACGUCCGAUAGGCUCUGGGUUACUCGCAAGAACGACACGUCCAAUAUCUUUGAGUACAGAUCGAAGGAAUUCUUCAAGAAUGAUACGGCUCGCUCCAUCAAAUUGCCCUAUCCCUUCCAGGGCAACGGACAUAUAGUUUAUAACAAGUCUUUCUUUUACAAUCCGAUAAAUCGAUCGACGGUCUUCCGCUUCGAUCUUUAUUCGUCUUCGGAUCACGGAUGCGACCGAGAAUCCGACUGCGAGAUGCAGCUCCCGGGCUUGCUGCUGAACACACAGAAUCUCCUCUACACGCCGUACCACAAUUUUAAUUAUGUGGAUUUCAACGUGGACGAGAACGGUUUAUGGGUCAUUUACGGGCUACCGUCCAAUAAUACUGUCGUGGUGAAAAUGGACCCCGCGAGAAUGGCUAUUCAAUACGCAUGGAACAUCAGUAUUGACCAUCACAGAUUCGGAGAGAUGUUCAUCGCAGGAGGAGUGCUUUACGCUGUACAUAGUGUCAUCGAGGAGACUAUGAAAAUAACGUUCGCCUUCGAUCUGUACCGUAACACAACGUUGGAAGUGCAGCUGUCGUUCACGAAUCCGUAUCACAAGACCACGGCCGUUAGCUAUAAUCAUAAAACCAAGGAGCUCUACACGUGGAAUAAGGGCAACCAAUUAGCCUACCCUGUGAAAUAUCGCGACGACAUGAAGGACGUAGUGGGUGGCAACUAAAAAAAUUGUCUUCGCCGGUAUACGUAUACUGAUGAAAAUAUAUGUACAAGCGAGUUGAGCAACCCAAAGUCGAGUGGCCAAUUGAGCAACUUCGACUUCGUGUAACUUCGUGUAACGAAGUCGAAGUCGGUACAUUUCCAAAUCCCCUCGCCAGAAGACGAGCGUCUUUGUCGCGCACAUGUAUCGAACGUAUCGACAGUAUGUUUUAUAUGUGCAAUAAAUUAUUGAAAGUGUUGCCACCAUUUAUAAACACGCAGUAUAACGAUUGAACAGGAUCGAUGAGAGGCACGACGAUUCAUCGAAUUCUACAAAUUAUAAUCGAGUCUAUGUGAAAAGAAUAAAUGCAUCGAUGAAAGCGACCACUCAAUGUAUAUCUGUGUCUAUAAUCGCCGGAUUCCAGAAAUGUAGAUAAAACUUUAACCGAUUGAUAAAAGCGAACAAACGAA